AUAUCAGUCGUCACAUUGCACAACCUUGUGAGCUUCAUCCUUCACUCUCAACUCUUCACUCCAAAUAUUGUGUUUUCCACCAAAAACUGUGAAGAUAUUCCAUUUCGAGAGCUACAGCUUCCAACGCUGUCUUCUUUUCAUUUUGUUUUCGUAUCUGGACUUCUCAACAAUGACGAAGUGGUUGUUGACAUGGACCGCUACCUUCCUGGUACUAGCUGCUGCAGAGCAACCUGAAGCUCCCAAACCUGUCGCAGCUCCUAUGAGGCCUCUGCCAUGGGGUCAACUUAAUUUCAUGCAGACAACAGAUACCCAUGGCUGGCUAGCGGGACAUCUACAAGAAGCACAAUACUCUGCGGACUGGGGCGACUAUAUCUCAUUUGCAGAGCGUAUGCGGGAGAAAGCAGAUGGUUUGGGGGUGGAUGUUCUUCUCAUUGAUACAGGCGAUCGGAUAGAGGGCAACGGACUCUACGACUCAACAACACCGAAAGGGAAAUACCUAUACGAUAUCAUCAAGGAACAAGAUAUUGAUGUCCUAUGUACUGGAAACCACGAAUUAUACCAACUCGAUGCUGCAGACCGAGAAUACGAACAGUCCGUUCCGAACUUCAAGGGUAACUACCUUGCUUCAAACCUCGAUUAUAUCAAGCCAAAGACGGGGGAGCAAGUUCCUAUGGCACCACGAUUUAGAAAAUUUACGACCAAGAAUCAAGGCAUCCGAGUAUUAGCAUUUGGGUUUCUCUUUGACUUUACUGGGAAUGCCAAUAACACCGUUGUUCAACCAGUAGAGAACACUAUCAAAGAAAAGUGGUUUCAGGACGCAAUCAGAGAAGAUGUCGACCUUUUCGUUGUGAUCGGACAUGUCAUGUUAGAUGGACCUGAAUACAAGGCAAUUUUCAAGGCUAUUCGGAGCCAGAAGUGGGACACGCCUAUUCAGUUCUUUGGCGGCCACAGUCAUAUUCGCAACUAUGUCAAGUACGAUUCGAAAUCUUAUGGCGUGCAAGCCGGCAGAUAUAUGGAGACCAUUGGAUGGAUGUCCAUCGAUGGCAUUAAGGGGAAAGGAAAGAAAGACUAUCCGAAAGAGCUUGCUAGCAUGUCAUUCAAGAGAAGAUACAUUGACAACAAUCUUUUCGGAUAUUAUUACCACACGGGAUUGAACGAGACAACCUUUACAACAGGGCACGGGAAAAACGUCUCGAAGCAAAUCCACGAAGCAAGAAAGGCAGAAGAUCUUGAUGAACUCUACGGAUGUGCACCCAAAGAUCUCUGGCUUAAUCGAGCCCCUUAUCCAAGCAACGACAGCUUGGUCACAUGGCUGGAAACUGAGGUUAUUCCAGUUAUUACUGUUAAUGAGGACCGAAAGGAUGUCCCUCGGCUUGCACUCACCAAUACGGGUGCCAUGAGAUUCGACGUCUUCAAAGGACCCUUCACCCGCGACACAACUUACAUCCUCUCUCCGUUCGUCAGCAAAUUCCUUUACAUCAAAGACGUGCCAUACAAGUCCGCAAAACAAGUUCUCAAAAUCAUCAACAGCGGAGGAGACUUUUUCACAUUUAGCGACCACGAAGCUACUCGUUUAGCACCACCAGAACAAAUGUACAUCAAAUCCGCAAUCAUCGCUCCUAGCGUUCCAAACCACGACUACAUCCCAGGAGCACAAUCACCACUCCUUUCAUCAGCACCAGAUUUAAUUCCAGGCUAUACAACCAAAGAUGCAGCAGGAGAUGACGGAGACGAUACGCUGCACGCCCCCAUCACCUUCUACCCCGUACCCAACGUGAUCCAAAGCGCCAUUGCCAUGCCCGCAGAAGGUGACCCGGAAACGGUAGACCUUGUCUUUAUCGAUUUUAUCAAACCGUGGGUUUUAGUGGCUUUACGAUUCACGGGGCAGAUUUAUAGCGAGGCGGAUGUAGAGGUUUACAUUGAGGAGACGCUGACUGAUAAGAUGGUGGGCUGGAUUCGGGAGAAUUGGAAGCAGGAUUGCUAGAUUGUACACUAUGGUAUUUGGAAGGGGAUGAACAGAUUGGGGAUAUCUGCAGGCGUUGGGUGUGAUUUAGCUACUGUUAAAGAUAUAUUUCUGUAUCAAAUUCCAGAAUUUGCAAC